GUGGAGAGAUGGCGGAGUCAUAACACUUUGCUGAAAGCUUCAUCUGUGACUGUCAGUUUAUACAAACAUCUUUGAAGGCACAUAAUCACUUGGAGUGCGACAGCAGGACUCACAAGAAAUCAUGGAUUCCUUCUUGCUGGCUGCUGGGGUUCUCUACUUCUUAGCCAUGGCCCUAUGUGGCAUGAGCCUAGCCCUACCCCUGUGGGUGGUCUCCAACGUCCAACGCUCAGACCUUAGCCUCGGCCUGCUGCUACACUGCCAACAGAUCUACGGCCGUGACUGGGAUUGUCGCUACGCCGACGGACCCCUAGAAUGGAUCCUCGCCGCCAUUUUGAUCAUCCUCGGCAUCGUUGCGCUGGCCGUCGGAACCCUCAUGAUCGUCUUCUCGGACAAGCGGCCCCGGCUCCGGCGCUACCCCAAGUACAUGGGGCUGACAGCGUGGACCCUCUUCUGCUUGGCUAUCAUGAUGUUCCCCGCGGGGUUCGAUCUGCCGCUGAUUGGGGGAAAUCCUUACCUUUUGCCCAACAGCGUCAAGACUGGCAUCUCCUAUGGGCUGUUCUUCACAGGGAUCAUCUGCACAUUCUUCGGUUCGGCCUUGGCACUUGGCAAGAUGUAUUACGAUAUCAUUGUGCUAAGAUGAACGUCUUGCUUUGGAUUUCUCCCCGAAGCAUCGCCCAUUUGUGACCUAGGCCCAAUUUCAUGUUAUUGCUAAAUACAGUAAUGUUAAGUGCGGACAAUGUUAUCUGAACAAAACACUGCAUUUUCCCAUGAGAUGCAUACAGCUUUAUGACUGGUCCUUACCUAAUUUUCGCUUGGCCAAUUAAAAUUCUCAGCAAAUUAUUCUGCUAUAUAAAUGGGAUUUUAUGGAAUCGGGCUCAAUUUCAUGGCGCUGCUUAGCACACGACUUUCUGCUAACUCGGCCUCCAUCUAUUUUAUUGAGACCGUAUAAAAAAGCAGUUAGUACUGCAAAAGGCAUGCUUACCUUAAAGGAAAAAUGUGCUUAAAUCAGUGGUGAAAGGUAUUUCUAUGCACACAACCGUUAUAGCACAUCCGAGCCAUAAAAAUAGUGCUUAAGGUUAGCACAAUUUUCUGCUAACUGUAAAGCAAAUGCUGCUUACUAUAGCAGAAAUAUUGUGCUAAUGGUUAGCGCAUUUCACGGGAUAGCAUGCAUUCAUCCAGUAACUUAGGGUUCUGUGCUUACAGAGUUAAUGCAGAUUUUUUUUUUUUUUUUCAUUUCUGUAAGCAAAGUAAGGA